AUGAAAAAUGAAGAGAAAGAUUAAAAUUAAAAAUAAAGAAUAACUACUUGCAAAGAAGUAUUAUAAAAUUGAUUACAAUUUAAAAGGCGCUAAAGUUUCUAUUUUAUGUAAAUGAUAAGUUGUAGAAAUCUGAAGAUUUAGAUUAAAAAGAAGUAUAUUAAAAAUCACUUCAUAAAUGGAAUUAAAUGAAAAAAGAAGAAUAAGAUUAAUAAUAACAAAAAAUAGAUAAUACAAAAUAAAAAGAACAAAACUUGCUUAAAAGAAUAUUAUAAGAAAAAGAAAGAACUUAAGAAAUUGAUUUCUCUAAUUUAAAUUCUUUGUAAAAUGGUUACUAGUAAGUUUAAAUAAUAUAAAAUUUAUUAUAAUAGGAAAAUUGUUAAGAAUUUAAUCCAUAAGUAGCUUAAUCAAAUAAUAAUAUUAAUGAUGAAUUAAACAACAAUAAUAGUUAUAUUUAAUCUAUUAAAUUUUAAGAUAUUGAAAGUUAAGUUUAAUCAUAAAAAUUACAAGAAUAAUAAUCUAAUAUUGAAUAAAAUAAACAGUAUUUGGAAAAUAGUGAUAAUGAAGAUUAUAAGAAGAUUAUUAAAUAAAAUCCUAGAAUCAAAAAUUCUAAGGCCAGACAAUCAAAAUCAAAUUAAAAAAGAGUACUAAGUUAAUCUAAAAAGAAUUAAUUAUUAAAUUAAGAACAUGCACAUAAUGUUAUACAAUCUUAUAAUUGUGAUAAUGAUAUGACUAUAGAUCAUUUGAAAUAAUUGAUGGAAAGUAUGUUAAAAGAUACUAUUUGA